AUGACUUCAGCCAGUGAUUAUGAUGAAGGCAAGUUACUACACUCCCAACUAUCAAUAUUGUGGUCAUCUGCCGGAAUGCACCCACGGAAAUGGCUCACCAACUCCGUUAACGUCUUGGCUCAAGUUUUCCAAGAAGACAGAGCUUCUCAAUUGGAACUUGACUCGGAGCAGUUACCAGCAGUGAAAACGCUUGGAAUACUCUGGGAGGCAAAGCAAGAUGAGUUCACCUUCAAGGUUUCAGAGGAGCAAGCUAUGACCGAACGUCUGUUUCUUCGGAAAAUCUCUAAGCUCUUUGACCCACUGGGCUUCCUCACUCCAUUUGUGGUGCGAGCCAAAAUGCUAUUUCAACAGAUGUGGCUCGACAUGUAUGACUGGGAUGAUCCCCUACCAGCUAAUGUAGUUGCAACAGCCCAGCAGUGGUUUCGGGAACUGCCAGCGCUAGCCGCAGUUCGGAUUCCGUGGUGCACCCAACAAGCAUCAUCCAAGUAG